UCUUAGCAGACAUACAGAUGUCUCCACUUAUCCUGUUUAUUUCUGUAGCAGCUACACAGAAAUGCCAUAAUUCUGCUGUCACUCUAAAUAAAGGGGAACUUCUUAAAGGAAUAACUUUUUAUCCUCUCGAGAGAAAUAACUCAGAAAAUGUUUCAGAGCUGGCACACAACUUACUGGAUAUAGUAGGUCUCAGUUUUUGAAAAGUGGAUUUUUAUUUUUAUAAUAGGAUUUCUAGAAACAUUGAAAACAUUUUUCUUUUCAAAUUGUUAAACUUGCAACUUCAAGAAAGUUGAAUUUGGGGUUUUUUGGGGGGGGAGGUAUAAAUUAUUUUAAAUUUAGAGCUUUAACUGAGAUUAUUUUGCAAUGUCAACUGUGGUAGUUGAACUGGAUAAUCUUUCUCCAGAAGACACUGAGAGUGAAAAUGAUGCCAAGUCAGUUUUUAGUAAAGACAAAUCCAAUGAACUACAUGCUGAUUGCUGCAGUCUUAAACUUCACUCCUCACACUCUGCACCCGUGGGUAUGAACACAAGCAGGAGUGAGACCGUGAAAGAGCCUCCAUUGAAGCCCUCUAGAAGAUCCAUGCCAUGCUUAGCACAGAGUCAAACACACCCUCACUGUCUGAGCAAACAUUCUUCAUUUCUUCAACCAAAUAGGCUCCAGCCACAGGCUCGGCCUCUGAGUGCAGGCACUUCAACAGCUACAGUCAAUGUAGUGUCAGAACGAGCUAAAGUGAUGGAGACCCUGGAAAACAACUUACUCAAGUUGUCUAAUACAGAAUACAGUGAUUCAUUUUUAGGAAAAGACAAAGACACAUAUACAGAUGAUUCAGAACAUGGGAAUUAUGAUUCUCGCACAGAUCAGUCACUGCUUAUUCAAAACACAGUUACCAGACAGAAACCAGAACCUCGGAUUAAGUCAUCUUUGAAGAAUGAGAUGAAUGCCAUAGCAUCAUCAGGCCUCUUCUUCAAAGAUGGUAAAAAGCGCAUUGAUUACAUCUUGGUCUAUAAAAAGUCAAGUCUACAAAUAGAAAAAAGAAACACUUUUGAAAAGAACUUGAGGGCAGAGGGCUUAAUGUUAGAAAGAGAGCCAGCUAUUACGAGCAACGACAUAAUGUUUGUUAAAAUUCACUGUCCAUGGGAUACGUUAUGCAAAUAUGCAGAAAGAAUGAACAUCAGGAUGCCUUUCAGGAAAAAGUGUUAUUACACUGACUGGAGGAGCAAAACCAUGGGCAGUUUGCAGAGGAAUAUCAGAGAGCUGAAAAGUUGGUUGCCCAGAAAUCCAAUGAAGCUUGACAAGGAGGCCCUCCCUGACCUGGAAGAGACAGAUUGUUACACAGCACCCUUUAGCCGAGCACGAAUCCACCACUUUACAAUAAACAACAAAGACAGCUUCUUCAGCAACUCCACAAGAAGUAGAAUAGUGCACCACAUGCUACAGAGAACGAAGUAUGAAGAUGGCAAAUCAAAAAUGGGUAUUAAUAGAUUACUCAAUAAUGGAACAUAUGAAGCUGCAUUUCCACCACAUGAGGGAAGCCACAAGAGCAGACAUCCCAUCAAAACACAUGGAGCUCAAAAUCACAGACACCUAUUAUAUGAGCGCUGGGCACGGUGGGGGAUGUGGUACAAAUACCAGCCUCUGGAUUUAAUCAGGCGCUAUUUUGGUGAAAAAAUUGGUCUUUAUUUUGCUUGGUUGGGAUGGUACACUGGAAUGCUCAUUCCUGCUGCACUUGUCGGGCUGUUUGUUUUCCUUUAUGGAUUGUUUACCAUGGAUUCUAGCCAAGUAAGCAAAGAGAUCUGCGAGGCAAAUGAAACCAUCAUGUGCCCUAUGUGCGAACGCAAUUGCACGCUACAGAAACUCAACGAAAGCUGCAUAUAUGCAAAGGUUACACAUUUGUUUGAUAAUGGAGGCACUGUCUUCUUUGCUAUUUUUAUGGCAAUAUGGGCUACAGUGUUUCUAGAGUUUUGGAAAAGACGGAGAGCUGUACUCACCUAUGACUGGGAUCUCAUAGACUGGGAGGAUGAAGAGGAAGAGCUGCGCCCCCAGUUUGAAGCAAAAUACUCCCAAGUGGAACGAGUAAAUCCCAUCACAGGAAAACCUGAACCUUUUCAACCCUUCCCUGAUAAACUUAGUCGACUGAUGGUGUCUGUCUCAGGAAUAUUCUUCAUGAUUUCUUUGGUACUCACUGCAGUGUUUGCAGUUGUGGUCUAUCGCCUGGUAGCUAUGGAACAAUUUGCAUCCUUCCAGUGGUAUUUUAUCAAAAAGUACUGGCAGUUUGCAACAUCUGGCACUGGAGUCUGUAUCAAUUUCAUGAUCAUCAUGUCACUUAAUGUAGUAUAUGAAAAAGUUGCCUAUCUCCUAACAGAUUUAGAGCAUCCUAGAACAGAAUCUGAAUGGGAAAACAGUUUUGCCUUGAAAAUGUUCCUCUUCCAGUUUGUCAACUUAAACAGCUCAAUCUUUUAUAUUGCUUUUUUCCUUGGCAGAUUUGCAGGCCGUCCAGGAAAAUACAACAAACUUUUUAAUAGAUGGAGACUGGAAGAGUGUCAUCCUAGUGGCUGUUUGAUAGAUCUCUGCUUGCAAAUGGGAGUUAUAAUGGUUUUAAAACAAAUGUGGAACAACUUCAUGGAACUGGGUUAUCCGUUCUAUGAUAAACAGUUGCUCUUUGCAGAAAAUAUUGAGAUUGUGUCUUUUCCUUCCAGAUGUUUAAAGGGAUAUGUCAACAGUAGUUUAUCAGUAUUUGAUCUGAAUGAGCUUGGUAUGGGAUACUCAGGAUACUGCAGAUAUCGAGACUACAGAGCGCCACCCUGGAGUUCAGCUCCUUACGAGUUCACCUUGCAGUUCUGGCAUGUCCUAGCUGCGCGGCUGGCUUUCAUUAUAGUAUUUGAGCACCUUGUUUUUGGAAUAAAGUCUUUCAUUGCCUACCUGAUCCCAGACAUGCCCAAAGACUUGUGUGACAGAAUGAGAAGAGAGAAAUACUUGGUCCAGGAAAUGAUGUAUGAGGCUGAACUAGAGCAUUUGCAGAGAGAGCGGAAAAAGAAUGGGAAACAGUAUCACCACGAAUGGCCUUAGUUGAUACCAUAUAGCAGCAAAAACAUUCCAUGAAAAUUGACUAGUGCAGGUCUCAAAUGGAGGUAGAUCUGGCAAUGAGGAGCAGUGUGUAUAUAUGCUGCUAUUGGAAAAUAUAUUAGCAGGAUUUGCUGGGUCCUGGAAAAUACAUGCUUCCAAUGAAGAAAAUGAAUAGCCAUAUCUGUCGCUGGUCCAUGGUCAAUACCAGGUGUUGCUAUCAAUUCAUUAGAAAGUGUAAUGAGGGGUUGAGCACUUGGAUGCAUCAGUAAAGCAAGUUGCAAUGAACUUUCAUGCUAUUCAUCAAGUCAUCAACAGCAUAAUGAAAAUAAAUACAUUGCCUGUAAAACUUUCAUAUUAAGGGCAUGACUAAAAAUCAAGUUAUAUAUCAUCUGCUACUUCUAAAGCUUUUGAUUGUUCAAUUGAAGUUGUAAUGCCUAUGAAAAAAAAAGUAUGAUUAAUUGUUGCCUUUGUGGCCAUAAAUUGAUGUUAAUGAUCCUUCAAGCUUACUGUUUGUCAGGUUUGUUCUAGUCUCUUGGUGAGAUUGCGGAUGUGGUCCUGAUCUAAACAGGGGACACAAGGCUGUUUGAUAUAUACUAUGCAGUUCAAGGUUUGCACAUCACUUCUCAUCCAUCUAUCUUUAUAGAUAAAGCCAAAAAAUUCUAAAUUCAAAGAAAAAUCAGUUCCAUUGAAAGAAUACAUCAAUGCAUUGCCCAUGUUGCAGCUAUAUUUGAAAAGAAAUGUGACUAUUUGAAUUGUCUUGCCAUUUUUAUAUGCAAAAAGGCCAUCUCCACAUACUUCCAGACUAAAUGAAGAAUCAUUUCCAUGCUAAAUGUAGCAUGCAGAUGAAUGUGUCAAUAUUAUUUUGUUUAUCUACCUAGAUAGUGAUUCUAUGACUUCAUAAAAUGUUGACUUGAAAUUUCUAUUGCAGUGCAAAUAAUUUACUCAUGUAUAUAUAGUUAACUUUACAGUAUGCAAGCUACUGUCAUUUAUGCAGAUAUAUAUCAAAUAUACAGUAUAACAUCAUGACUUGCUUGUUCAGGGAAAGAGAAGCAGAGUACUGUAUAGCACCACUCUGUCUAUUCCAGUAAUGUGCAUUCCUUAUCUUGGGCUAAAUAAAUCAAAGCAUGGAAAAAUAUGUAUAUUACUGUUAGGAUUAGAUUUUUUCUGCUUUUAUGCCGCUUUGGGAUAAUAUUUUUUUCAAAAUCAGCAGAAAAAGUAAAUGUUCUCAUAGAGAAUUGAACUUCAGUUUUCACAUCCAUACAGGAUACUGCAUUGUCAGUUCUGGUUAGAGUCAUGAAAUUGUCUUCAUUUCAUAUAUUUCAUAUAUUUCAUAAUACGGGAGAAAUGAAGUACUAAACUAAAACAAGUGUAUAGGAUUCACUUAUGGAAAAGGGGGGAACUAAAAUCGUCCUGUUUCUCAUUUGUACAGUUUUAAAAAAUGGUUUAUUUCUAUCAGAUGAAAAGAAUUAAAAGAAAAAAAAUCAAAGAUAAUUUGCUUCAGUUUUAAGACUCAUGUUAGGAUGCAACAAAGCACCAAAACUAUAGCAAAGAUAAAUUCUAGCGUCAAUCUUAAGGAUAAAGCUGCAGUGAAAUCACUUGUUGGCUGCAGACAAUGAGAGGAAUUGAAGUUUUCCUUCUCAGAAUACCUUAUUUAGGUAACAAGUAUAACUCCACUGUUUACUUGCACAAAUCCAAAAUGCAUCUUACUUCAUUAUUUCAAUGCCAAUGAAAGAGGAAUUUUUUUAAUAGGAACAUUAUGCUAAUGUACCUUUCUGUGGGUCUGAUCCAAAGCCCAUUAAAGGAAAUGGAAAGACUUCUGCUAUCUUCAUUGGGCCCUACAUCUGACCUCACUGAGGUAGUGAGAAAGUCCAGCUUUUUAUGACCAGACAAGAAAACUGCCUGGGUUUCCACAAUUUGGCACCAAUGGGGAUCUAAUCAAAGUUUAUUAGCCAAAAAUUCCACAGCACUAGCUCUGUAGAACUGACACUUUCCCAUGCUUCUAUUCAAGAGGAAGGGUUUCCAUUCUACUCUGUUUACACUGUAUUCUCAGUGUCACAUGAUUCUUAAUAAGAAAUUCUUAAUGUGCUUUUGUCUUGUGCUUAAGACAUCUGUAUUGUCUCGUUUAAUGUAUUAACUCCCCAGCUUUAUAGCAUCCUAGUUUAGUUUUAUCCAUUAACUAGCAUAGGGUCACAAAUGAUGUGUCUUUUAAUGUUUUAACAAAAUGCCUUGGCUGGAACAAGGCAGAAGGACUGGUAUAAAUUUAGCCAAAAAUUUAUGAUUAAUAUUUCUACAUGUGUUUUGGGUUUUUUUGGCCUGAGGAUAUUUUCACAUAUCAAUGUAUAGCUGGAAGAAUUUCAAUUGGGCAUUAAAAAUAAAGAAAUAAGAAAGGAAAUGUUUUUUGUAAUAAAGUAUGGUCUUAGAUUUGGAGAUGUACAGCAGUCUUCUAUAAUGACUUUCAGUGUUGAAAUAUAGAAGUACGUUAGAUAGGAAUAUAUAAAUUUGACAUGGUUCAGUUAAUUUAAAGUGCUGGGAAAGCACAAGAACUUCUGGAGAAAUACUGUGUGUUUUUGUUCCUUUGUUUCUAUAGUGUAUCAACAAUGUCUAAGGGCAUUGCCUCUAUAUAGGAAUUUGUGUUAGCUGAGAACCUUUCUGCUAGAUUUCAUUUAGUGUGGUGUUUGGAUAAAAUACAAAUUAUCUUACAAAGAUAUAAGGCACACUCUGUCCUCAGGAAUUAUGUAUUACAUGAAUGCUGAUUAACCUAUAUUUUCAUAUUCUAGAUAUUUCUUUCCAAAUAAAUGACCAGUAUAAAUGACUUGUGCAUGCAGGCUUCAUUUAUGAAGUCUCCAAAGCUGCAGAGCUUCAAAACGUUGCAUCUGUGCAAAAAUGCUUUAGAUCAUUCCCGAUCUAGUUUAUAAUAACUUUGUUCUAUGCAUGCACCUUAAGAGAGACCGCAUGAGCAGGUACAGUACAGCUUUUUAAAUAUUACAGAUCCUAGUCACUAGUACAAAAUGUCUUAACUAUUCCUAUCUGAACUCAGUGUCUUGAUACAAUCAAAAAGGAAUCUUCAUUCCAGAAAUAAAAAAAAAAAUCCAUCAAUUUAGCAUUCAUCUUUUUCAUCAACUUACAUUUUAAAUUUGUCCUAACGUGUGAGAUCAGAAAUCUGGUGGUUGAGAAAAGAAAAAUAAUUAUCCAAACAGAGCUUGAUUCAAAGAAUUCUGUUGCAUCAUCCUCACUAGUAUUUACUUUCUGCCACUGAAAGUGAAUAGAUCAAUAUAUAGAUUAACAGCUCAGUAUUCAUACUUGGGCCCUGACUGGAAUUUCUAAAGUCGAAGUUUGGACUCUUAGUACAACAGUACUGUGUAAAUGUACACUAGGGAACUUUUAGUGCAUGCCAUUAGUGUCUUCAUGGGCCAAUUAGUGUGCAACCAUGGCAUGCUUUGGAAUUCACACCCCUCUAGUGCUCAUGGCUGUGCCAUGUAAACAAGCUUCCGAUUGGCACUUA